AAGCUGCUACAUCUCUGGGUGCGCCUUCAGUUCGUACCAACUCAACCAAAAUUAAAUCUGGCAGAGAAAACCAAGAACAAGAAGUGGCACGUGCCUUCCCUCUGCAGAAAAGCCCUGCCAGUGAAGACCGCUGUCUUGCAGCUAGAAAGGGAAAGCUGGAUUCUUUUUUUAAACAACAAUAUUUUUCAGAAAAUGGGGAUGCAAAAAUGUUGCAACCUUUGUGCGUUAAGGAGACAGAAAAGAUACAAAUAUGUAAUGUCGGUUCUAUGAGGAAAGAUCAGCAGUGUGUUUUAAUGGAAGAGAUAAAACAGGCCAGAUCCCUAGUAGUAACAAUGGAGUUCCAUGAUGGAUCCUCGCAACUCAGUAUUAAUAAGGAUUCAGCUGCGCAAGUGAAAGGGAUUAUUAUAUUGAUUAAAAAGCAACCCAUAUAUAUGCCCUUAGAGAUGAAUGCGGCUGGUGUCAGUGAAGAUAAGUAUAUUUAUAUAGGCACAGCAAAUGAUACACUAUGGAAGAAAGGACAACCACCAAAAGAAUUUGUCAGGAAUUUGCUCUCCCUUGUACUGCAAAUGAACACAAAUGUAAUUUGCUUCAAUGCCAAAGAUUUUCUUCGGACAGUCCUUCUUGUCUAUGGGGAGAAAGAAAGCUGGAAAAGAGUUACAAACAGCAUUGUGCUGGACCCCAGAAUAGCGGCGUGGCUCUUAAAUCCAGCAGACUAUAACCCAUCUUUUGAAGAUUUGGUCUGCAAAUAUUGCACAAAUCCGGACUUAAAAACUGCAAGAAAAACUUCAGAUCCUUCGCAUCAGAACACAUACACAAACAUGAAUGUGCUGUAUACACUGAUGAUGAACAUAUGUGCUAAACUUCAGUCGGAGGGAUUAUGGGAGCUUUUUUGUACCAUAGAACUUCCACUGACAGCGAUUUUGGCAGCCAUGGAAGUCAGCAGAAUACAUGUUAAUCAGGAGGAGCUAAAGGUUACAUCUGACCUUCUAGGGGCUCACCUUAAACAACUGGAACAGGACGCACACCGUGUGGCAGGGCAGAAGUUCAGAAUAACCAGCAGCAAUGAACUCAGGGAGGUGCUUUUUGAUAAAUUACACUUGCAUCUUCAAUGUAAAAGCAAGAAACUUCCUCGGACAAGCUUGCGGCACCUUCCAUCAACUGCUGAAACUGUGUUGCAUCAACUUCAGGAUCUUCAUCCACUGCCCAAAAUUGUGUUAGAAUAUAGACAGAUACAAAAAAUUAAAUCAACCUAUAUAGACGGGCUUUUAUCUUGCGUGGCCAAGGGCGGCGAAGCUUGUGUAUCUCCGACUUGGAAUCAGACAGGAACAGUGAGCGGCAGACUUUCUGCAAAGCAUCCUAACAUCCAGGGCAUUCCAAAGCUGGCAGUUCAGAUAGCAAAGCCGCAGUAUAUACAAGGCAAAGACAAAGAAAUGAUCACCAUUAAUCCAAGGGCUAUGUUUAUAGCUGCCAAAGGCUUCACUUUCCUAGCAGCAGACUUUUCACAGAUAGAACUUCGCUUAAUGGCACACUUUUCUUCUGAUCCCGAACUCCUGAAAUUGUUUGAAAAGCCAGAAUCAAUGGAUGUUUUUACAAAACUGGCAUCACAGUGGAAAGAUGUGGAUCCUGAGAAUGUAACGCAAGCAGACAGGGAACAAGCGAAACGCACAGUGUACUCGGUACUCUAUGGAGCAGGUAAGGAACGCCUUUCACAGUACCUGGGUAUCACACCGAAAGAAGCCAAUGCAUUUAUCGAAAGCUUUCUAAAAAAAUAUAAACUGUCGGAGUUUACUCAACAAAUUAUACAGCAGUGCCAGAAUACAGGAUUUGUGGUCUCACUUAUGGGUCGCAAAAGACCCCUCCCCCACAUUACAGCAACGGACUUCUCUUUGAGAACUCAGGCAGAAAGACAAGCUGUAAAUUUUGUAAUUCAAGGGUCUGCUGCUGAUCUGUGCAAAAUGGCCAUGAUUAACAUCUCCACAUCAUUAGCAUCAUGUUCAGCUUCAGUAGCCAGGAUUGUUGCUCAGAUCCACGACGAGUUGCUAUUUGAGGUGGAGGAUGCGCAAAUCUAUGAGUUUGCAGCUGUUGUUAAAGAAACCAUGGAGUCUGUACAGCACAUGAAAGGAGUUCAGCUAAAGGUCCCGCUGAAAGUAGCUUUGACCACUGGCAAAUCGUGGGGGAGCAUGAGAGAAAUCGAAGUGAGGAAGAAGAGCCUUUAGGGAAGGGGUUAUUCAGCCGCCACUCUUUCCCUAACAAAUCUCCAAGCAACCGCUCGGCUGGGUCUUUCAUCAGCACCUAAUUCUCAGCAUGUAAAUUUCCCUUACUUCAUUCCGUCGGUAGCCCUGGGCAACGGCAAGGGGAUUAGACUGGCUCAUUCCAGUUUAUUCUACUUCUAGCCACCGUGCCAGAGCUUUACUUAAUGCUAAUAUCAAGCACCUAUAAUAUAAGGGAAAAUUACAGAUGUGUGUGUGUAUUAUGCACUGUCCCCUCACUAUCACGCCGCACACAUGGAAUUCACAUUAUCCAUCCGUGAAGGUUAAUCUUCAACGUAUUUACUUACCUACAGUAGCUAACCAGAUACAAUGCACUCCAUAACCCCCUCCUAACUGCCUGGGCGCUGAUACAAAAAGGGACUAUAUAUAGCAGAAGUGACAGCAAAAACAGGUCGCUAAAAUGAAAUUGUACAAAAGUAAUAUACUGUUUUUUCUGCACUGGUACAAUUGGUGUGUUUGCCUCUGAAACCCUACUAUAGUUCAUAUAACCAAAGCUGCUCUGUA